CUCCAGUUUUCGAACCCAAUCUUGAUUCGCAAUAAUUGAGCUGCGCAAGUAUAAAAGCUACUCAAGUCCCCAACCUUCAUCACACAACCACAGCAGCCUACAAGCUCACAAGUUCUUCCAUAUUCUAUCGCUCGUAUCUUCCUCGUCAUCUCUGGUUCUGAAAGAUGAACAGGAAGCCAGGAGACUGGAACUGCAGGUCAUGCCAGCACCUCAACUUCAGCAGGAGGGACUCAUGCCAGCGCUGCGGUGAUCCAAGGUCAGGCGGUGGUGACCGCUCCGAUUAUGGUAGCUUUGGUGGCGGCCGCGGUGGCUCUUCCUUUGUAUUCAGUACUGGUUCUGAUGUUAGACCUGGAGACUGGUACUGCCAGUGUGGUGCUCACAACUUUGCUAGUCGCUCAAGCUGCUUCAAAUGUGGUGGUUUCAAGGAGGACACUUCGAUUAGUGUUGGAAACUUGGAUGGUGGUGAUGUGCCACGUCCACGAGGUUAUGGCUUCGGUGGCAGCGGCGGCGGAGGCGGUAGUGGCCGUGCCGGAUGGAAAUCCGGUGACUGGAUUUGCACCAGGUCGGGUUGCAAUGAGCAUAACUUCGCAAGUAGAAUGGAAUGCUUUCGAUGCAAUGCUCCUCGUGAUUCUGGUACUGAAGUGUGAGAAGAUUAUAACCAGAUCAGAUGAGAAAGAGAUGAUAGCAGUUCUUUGACUCCAGUACUAGUUUUGCCCUUCAGCCAUCUGUUGUAUUUUUCUCUUUAUUGUUGGUUUUAAGGCUCUCUAAUGGAACAAUGGCUCCUGCCAUCUUCCACAAUAGAGUGCUCAUUCUGAGCUUUUUGUUUGCUUCUAAAGUUGUGCUCUCCUCUAUUUACAGCCCUUCUUCCUUCUCUUGUAGUGCUGAUGUUUUUUCUUUCUCUUUUCUUUCUUAGAACUUCCUCAAAAGUGUCAUUGUUUGCCUUUGAAGGGUCUGUCUUUGUAGCUUCUCUGUCAUAAGAGCUCAUAGAAACUUUUAAAUUCCUAUUUCAUCAUUAGAUCAAA